UCUAGUCUAUGUCCUCCCUCUGUCUUUGAUAUAGGAAUACGUAUGGACUGUGGACACCUGUGCGUGCGGCAAGCACCAACUGUCUGUAUACGUGAGAGUGCAUGCGUGGGUGUCACAGCAGGCGUUUCUUUAUGAAUAGAGUAAUGGUGCUCCCGCCUUGAGUGGUUCGCGAAUCAGCGAGUGUGGAUUUCUCAGUGAAAAGUUGUGCCGGAAUUAAGUAAAAGAAUUUAGUGCUAUUAAAUGCAGCCUCAGCAGCGUACCUAUCGUUCUUCGGAAUUGACUGUGCAACUUGCUUGGUACACGCCGAACGUUCAGUACAAGGGAAAGGGAUAACAAAAACAUCUGUAUUCGAAAUAUAUAGAUAGAGAAGGUACACAGAAUCCAGUAUAGAAAUGAUAGACAAUCGCAUCUCGAUAAUCGUAGAAAUCACGAUAGAGGGAUCUUUACCACGGGAAGCGUCAUGCUACGUCGUCUAACCGCCGAAGAUCCGCAAAAAUCUCUCCCGCGAGGUAUCGCUUUUAUUCUUCUUUCAAAACCGACAGCUAAAUACGCGAGAGAUCGUGCAUCAGCCAGUUAGUCUGGCCGUUCAUCCUUUUGCCUGGUCGUCUACCCCUUCUGAACCGUCCUGACACAACGUUUAACGGGGGUAUAAAAAGAAUAAACAUGGUGGCGGCGUGAGAGAGAUAGAUAAGGAGAAUCGCGAGAAAGGAGAAGGACGGAGAAAGAGGAAGGGUGGGAGAGAGAGAGAGAAAGAAAGAGAAGUCAGCCAGCUAGCUAGCCAGCCAGCCAGUCAGUGUGCCAGAAGCGACGAACUUCGUUUCGUGCUUGCCUUUGUUUCGAUGAAAAAUAAUCUGUCGUUCCUGAACAUCCACCCAACUUUUGCAUUUAUUCAUUUAUUAUCGUCUUAACAAACGAGAACAAAGAGACGAAAGUAACAAGUUUCUCACGAUUAACGCUGAGAGAGGACGUUUCGCUUGUAAACAGUUAUCAAGGUGCGGCCACGUUCAUCGUAUUCGCGGUGUUUGCUUCGAUUUUCAUGCGUGCACGGGGUCCACGACCGAGCGUGUGAGAAAUUCAGCAUAUUGUCUGGCAACGCGGUGCGGCUCGAUUUCGAUUUUGCAGUGUCGUCGUAGGUGUGAUAAUAUGAUAUGUUGCAAUCGAAAAAAUUCGGCAUGAUUUGAUGACGACGAACGUUCGUCGAAUUGCUAUCGCGAGUAAUCUUCGUUCGAAUUGAUAUAAUGUGAACGAUUUACCUACGAACCACAGGGAAUGUCGAUGCAUGUAAAUAGAACACGUUCGUCCGUGAUCAUACGAAUAAUUAACUGCCCGAGAAGACUUGAGAAGCUGUACUUUACUAAUUAAAAUUCGUCAAUAAAAUUCUACUGCUAAAAAAGAUAUUCAUCGUAUACGACGUUCAUGACCAUCGAAUGACUUUCCAUCGAUUAUCAACGAUCAUUCGACGAGGACGAUUUACUCUUAGAAUCCUCUUCGCGACAAAUCGUUCGAAUCGAAUCGUAUAUGGCUGUUCUGAUUAACGGUUAUUACGCUUCAAGAAAGGUGAAUCUCGUCGAGAGUGAACAUCCAUUGUACGAAAAACGACAAUGUUGUUACUUUGACAGAGCUUGAUGUACAUUCUAUUCGAAAGUUUGUCGGUUGAAGAAACUUGAAAAAAAAAAAAGGAGAAAGAGGAAAAGGAAAAAAGAAAAUAUUCAAUGGAGCGAAGUCGUUCGUGUUGGCCGGCCUGGUGCCAAUAACCUCCAGUCAGAGAGGUGGUAGACAGUUUUCGCACGAUGCGUUUGCCCUCGUGCUUGAUAGAUUAUAAAAUUAGACGUUCGAAACUUCGUACGAAGGUAAAAGGAGCAUCGCGUCGUUCCAAUGCGGUAAAGAAGGUGGAGACACUGGCUGGUGAUAACGAGCGAAGGGUCAAGCGACGAAGGGAAUUAAUACAAGUCGGAUGAAUAAUUCUGAGGGGGGUAGACAGCUGUGCAUGGUAGUCAGAAGUGACGUCAGUCGUGUUGGGUUCAUAGUUCCUCUUAUUUUCAUCGUUCGAAGCCGCGCACAGAGGCCGUGCACGAAGGGGUGACAACGAAAGUGGCGAACACGCGAAAUAAAGAAAGAAAGAAAGAAAGAAUAUACCCAUCGACGACCACGUCGAGCUUUUUUAACGAUCGACGAUCGUAGUUCGCGCUUGCUACAACAAGAAGAAUCAUCACAAUUUCUAGUCCGCUGCAUUUACAUCGAGAAGUCUUUUUUUUUUCUUCUUUCCUUUCUCGACGAAAUAUUUUUAGACGAUCGAUUGUAUUUCAAGCCGCACGUGCGACCGCUUCAUCGGCAUCAGGGAUCGAAUCUUAUUCGACACGCUCUUCUAAAGAAUCAAUGCGCAUUUAUCGAGCACGCAUCGCAGUUUGUUCGUAAUAUGCUUCGUAAAGUUUUAGGAGAGUUAAUUAAUAAUUUCAAGGUUCACUAAAUAGUCGUCGAGGAGACAAAGUAUAGAAAGAAAAGGAGAAGCAUUUUGCACGUUGCAAUUCAGCAGACACCGAGAACGAGACUGAAAUUCAAAUCGCAUUAAAUCCUUUAGUCGAUUAAUUUAUUCGGGGCGAACUAACUUACACGAAAAAGCUAGUUAACGAGAUCGGCAGAUUGACUAGAUUUACUCCUAUAUUAUUAUACAUAUAUAUUGUAUACAAAUAUAAAAUAAACUGACUUAGAUCUGCGAAUUCUGCAAGACGAGAAGGAAGAUCGAAGUAAGUUGAGCAAUAACAAUCGCGUUUAAUUAGUGUAUUAAUCUCAACGAACCAAUAUGUUUUUUAUCCAAACGACAAUACAUCGUGACACGUUAGAAGAAAUAAUAAUAGCCGAAAUCACGAGAGAAAGAAAACCUUAGAGAAAGAAGACACCUUAUCGAUCCGUAUCGGGGUACGAGUAAUCAUCCAAUGAUUGCUUGUUUCAUUUCCUUCGAUAAACGACCAGUUGGUCUGCCCGGGACGAAACACACGCUCGAACAUCAUCGUCAAAUGGACACAAAUGACUAGCUUAACGUUAUCUUCGAGCACGUUCGAGAUGUCCCGGUCUAGACCAAAACUGUUCGUACCCGCGAACGCGAUCUCAACGCAGACUUUCACCGCUCCGACGAGCGAAAGCAAUCAUCUACCACCCCUGAAGAGUAACACGUUAGCUUUGAAGCAGUCUGCCAGUGAAUCGUCGCCUAGUUACUUGACCCGCACCAGUCACAUGGCUGGUACUCACCUGCCGAGCUUAAGUUCCAGCGCUAACAACAGCCUGCUCAGCCUGACCGGGAACUCGGAAAGUUUAAACUUGAGCCUGAGCUCGCACACAAGCCACAACUCGAGCCACAAUUCGAGUCACAAUUCGAGUCAUAAUUCGAGUCACAAUAAUUCCAGUCAUAAUUUCACUCAUAAUUCCAGUCAUAAUUUCAGUCACACCACCACCACCACUACUACUACAGCUCACGAGUCUCAGCAUACGCAGUCAAACAGUCAAUCGAGCACCGCGUUGGUGGUGAAGAAUGGAUGUUCGAACGGAAGUUCCUGCGGCAGUGGUAUACGUAAGCCGAAGACGAUUACCGCCACGCCCGAUGUCGUGCUGAAGAUUUACGUGGAUAAGCUGACGCCUUACGAGCACCAUGAGAUCUUUAAUUAUCGGCAUAUAUACUUUAUCGGGGCGAACGCGAAAAAGAGGCCGGGGAUAAUCGGUCGGCCUCACAACAACGGCUACGACAACGAACAUGGUUCCUAUAUCCACGUGACUCACGAUCACGUGGCCUACAGGUACGAGGUGCUGAAGGUGAUCGGUAAAGGGUCGUUCGGUCAGGUUGUGAAAGCGUACGAUCACAAGAAACAGGAGCACGUUGCCCUGAAGAUGGUCAGGAACGAGAAAAGGUUCCAUCGUCAGGCACAGGAAGAAGUGAAGAUAUUGAGGAAGCUACGCGAACAAGAUAAGGACGACACGAUGAAUAUCAUUCACAUGUUCGAUUCGUUUACGUUCCGUAACCACAUGUGCAUCACCUUCGAAUUGCUCAGUAUUAACCUGUACGAGCUGAUCAAGAAGAACAAGUUCCUGGGCUUCAGUAUGCAGCUCGUGAAGAAGUUCGCGCACUCGCUGCUACAGUGCCUCGACGCUCUUUACAAGAACAGGAUCAUUCAUUGCGACAUGAAGCCGGAGAAUGUUCUUUUGAAACAACAGGGACGCAGUGGUAUCAAGGUGAUAGACUUUGGUUCGAGCUGCUACGAGAACCAACGCGUCUACACGUACAUUCAAAGUCGCUUCUAUCGCGCUCCGGAGGUGAUCCUUGGCGCUAAGUACGGUAUGCCGAUCGACAUGUGGAGCCUCGGUUGUAUCCUGGUGGAGUUGGUUACCGGUUUCCCAUUGCUACCAGGCGAAGACGAGGCGGACCAGCUAGCCUGUAUCAUCGAGUUGCUAGGCAUGCCACCGCCUCAGCUGUUAGAAUCGGCGAAACGGCGCAGGCAGUUCAUCAGCUCGAAGGGUUAUCCGCGCUAUUGCACCGUUAUAACGAUGUCCGACGGAUCGAUCGUAUUGAACGGCGGUUUCUCCAGGAAAGGCAAAGACCGUGGCCCACCGGGUUCCAGGAAUCUGAGACAGGUGUUGAAAAAUUGCGAUGACCCGUAUUUCCUGGAUUUCAUUCAUCGUUGUCUGAAAUGGGACCCGGAACAACGGCUGACACCUGGCAAAGCGUUGAAACACAUAUGGCUGCGUCGCAGGUUACCAGAGCUUCCAGAGAAAACGAACGACGCUCUGCCAGCGUUGCCGGCAGCCUCUGCGCCGCCUACCUCCGCUUCCGGCCUUCGUACUUCCGCGUCCGGUAGGAAGAGCUCGACCAAGUCGAACACCCUGCAGACCAACAAUACGGAGAACACGAACAAGGUGAAACAGUUGAACGACAUCUUCCACACAAUGUCUACCAUUUAUUCGGCGCUGCAACGUAACGACGGUGGAAGAGUAAGAGGAAAAGCCCAACCGGUAGCAACGAAUCAUCAGGCGGCAACUGUCAGCAGUCAUCCAUCUUUGAACUCUAUUAGUGGUGACGCUAGUAGUAGUGGCGGUGGUGGUGGUGACGGUAGCAGCAGUAGUACUAGUGGUGGUCAACAGCAACAGCCGCAGCCGCAGCAACAACAGCAAGCACAGCCACAGCAGCAACAGCAGCAGCAGCAACAACAGCAGCAGCAUAGUCACCAAUUGCAAGGAAAACAACAGCACAACAAUGGUUCGCACGGCUCGCACGGAUCUCAUGGUUCUCAAGGAUCCCAUGGUUCUCAUGGAUCGCACGGAUCCAACGGAUGGAGCAUAUCGUUCCUCGAGUGGCUGGAAACGGUGGACAAUGAUUAGCAAGGACAUUCUCGAGGAACCGAGACGAUUCAUAAGAAAUACGAGGUCAGCCUUACUACCUUUUUCUAACACGUUUACCGUGUGAUCGAUACCGUGAUCGUUGGCCUCGUGUCUCGUUGACUCGUCGGAUAAUCGUCUGUCUCGACGGUCGUCUUUCGACGCGUUGUCACAACUCGUUGUCGAACGAUACCGGGAUGUACUAAUGGUGUUCCUGCCUGUGGUAAUAUAUUCGCUCGACGAGACAAGAUUCCUCGGAGUCAAAGGAGAGAGAGAAAGAGAGAGAAAAUAGAGAAAGUGGCCUCGUCUUCGACCUCCGGAUACUACUGUGAUCUACGCGAUAUGUUACUGCAAAAAAAGAAAAAAAAAAAGAAAAAAAGAAAAAAAAAGAAAGAAACGAAAGAACUGGUGAAAAGGGGUGAAGGAACUGAAAAAUCGAUCGCGAUACCUCGAAUCAUGUACCUCACCUAGCUUGGCGUUGCUCUCCAAUUUGCUUGUCCAGGAUCCAUUUCUCGUCGCCGUUUGCUCGAGAAAAGGUGGCGUUGCACGAUCUGGUCGCGUUUAAUCGAGGACGAUUGCUUUUGAUGUUCACUUUUGUGGUCGACCACUCGAUACGAUUCGCAAAGAUAUCUGUCGCUGUGUGUGCGUUAACACGUUACGUGUAUUCGUUCGUUCGUAUCUUCUGCGUCGCGUUUGCGUCCUAUUAUCGUGAAAAUAGGGAGGACGACCACCGAGGUUAUUGUGCCAAGGGAAGCAGGGGAACCAAAGAUUUGCGCCACGUCGAUGAAUCGAUUCUCCGAAGGUGAGAAACGGUAGUCGAGAGGUUUAUUCAGUUGACGCGCGACCGUUCUCUAUGAUACCGAGGAGGAGGGUCGCUCGGCGAAGCUCGUUCGUGGAUAUUUAGGACGUGGAUAUCUAGACAUUACCAAGGCGCCGCAAUACGAGGACCUUUUCACGUUCAACUAAGAAAUCUAAUAAUCAAAGGGCAUGUGCCUCGCUGAAUAGAUCGAUCCGAGAAGCUUUUUAGGUCAGAAAAUUCCUCUGUAAUACUAUCGGUAUCGAGCAGAAAGGAAGGUUGAUUUUCCCUCGGGUGUGCCAGCGUAAUUGUUGAUUAAAGGAGAUCAAGCUUGUCUCCUUCGGCUCGAGCCGAAGCAUCGAUCAAACGGGACACGACGAUCGUGAAAAUGAUGGAUGCUAUUUUUCCAAGAACAUGAAGGAACCGUCGUCGAUAUCGACAAAAAAAAUUCAUAAGAUACAAAAGCAUUAGCAUUCGCUACGCGUUUGUUUUUCUUCCUUUAUCUUUUUCAAUGUAAUUUCAAUUUCGUCUUUUUUUCUUUCUUCUUUCUUUUCAAUGUAACAUUGAAAGUAAGCAUUUUAGCCGCGUUAAAUUAUUUCGAGCGAAAAUGCCAAGCUUGGUCGCAAGUUCCUUUAUCUUUUUCUUACUAAAAAAAAAAAAAAAUUAAUAGACUGCGCGUGAACGAAAAAUGAGCUUGAAAUAGACCAGUAUUUUGAUGAUAAUACUUUGAAGACGUCUAAUACCUUGAAGACGGAUUUUAGAAUCGCAUCCGUGCUUCACCUUUGAACUUUCGUCUCCUUUGUCUGCAAGCGUGAACUUCCAAUUCGAAGACGAACUUUUCCAGCUCUGCUCAUUAAAACCGGUCUCUUUCAAUUUCUACCAAAUCCUCACUCCCGCGAAAUACUCUUGCGAUCGACUUUCCCCGCACCAUACGCGACAACUGCCCCGAAUCUCGCAUUACGUAUUCAUUAUUCUCUCGUCGUUUAUCAGCAUUUAUAUUCCAAUUCUUCUCGAAAACGAACAAAGAAAGACUCGAAAACGGUAGCUCGUGGCAACGAGAGCUGUUCAUUUAAUCCUGCAUUUCGUAGCGUAAGCCGUGAAAAUGCAUUUAUCGCGGGGAAUCGCGUCGAACGAGGACUCGGACGCGGAUGCGGAAACGGAUUCGCGAGCUUGGAGCUCGCCGCUCGAGGUUUUCUUCCCUCGUCUUUUCGUGGAAAAGACGCGCUUUGCAAUUCGAUAUCGUAGCGGCAGAUAGCCCGACUCGUUCUAACGGCAGAUUUUCAAAGAAAAUUGGUACGAGAAACGAUGGCGGGCACCGACGUGCGCGAAUCUACCGAAGGAGAUUCCGCUCGUAUAAAUCGGUCGCGACCCUGGCACAAAGCACAUUCGUGGUAAUUUUAGUUUGCUCGGUGAACGCUUGAUGCGUUUCACGAUAUCGGCGAAAACAUCCUAAAUGGAAGGACGUGCACGAGAUGUGGACGAACGACGAUCAAAAGGAAUGAGGAGACAGCGCGAGGAUAACAUAUAGAAAACGAUAAGGAGAGAGAGAGUGAGAGUGAGAGAGAGAGAGAGAGAGAGAAAGAGUUAUCAGGAUGGCGAACGAGACGAGAGAGAAGAUGGCAAUAAAUUAGCCAACGAUGAGACGAGUUACGAAAAGAUAGAGACGUCAAUCGAGAAGCGUGUUUGAUAAAAGAAACGAAUUGUGGGAAGGGUGGGAUGGGUGGGGGGAUAUAAGCAGCGAGACACGGAGGUCAUUAAAUCGUGAUAUUGAACAAGAUAUCUUGUGAUAUGGAAUUUAGGUGUACUGGGGUUCACGUUGAUGAACAUAGAUAAAUAUAGAUAUAUAUAUAUACAUACAUAUAUAUAUAUAAAAUGCGUCUAUAUAUUAUAUAUUAUAAUACGUUGUAACGCUGAUUCAGAGAGGAGAAAAAAAAGGAAAAAAUAUCGCUACGAUUAUUAAAGAAAUACGCGCGUAGUGAGAAGUAGUCAGCUAAAAGAAAAUAAAAUGAAACGCGUUACAAGGAGUGAGAAUGAACAAAAAGAAAAUGGAAAAAAAAACGGUUUCGUGGAACGUUGCACGAUUAUUAUAUGUGUACGUAUGUAAUGAUAUCUUUCAAGAUUCCUGUUUUCCUUUUUAUUUCUAAUUUCUUUUGUGAUUACGAAUCUUCGUUAGCCCCCUCUUUUUUUUUGCUUUUUUUUAUUUCCUUCUUUUCGUAGAACUCCGCGUUCGCGGUACCGUUGCCGAUUAAUUUUGUCCGAGAGAGAACGUCCACUCGUCUUUUCUUCUCUCCUGUCUCCUUUUCCUUCUUUUUUUUUUUUUUUUAAUCCUUUUUUCUUUCGUAACGCGUGUAUAGCAUGUAAAGGCUCGUUCAUCCGCCGGUCGAGGAACGCGGAGGAAACACAGGCAUCCGCCAAUCGAUCUUUCGUGGUCGCGUCGGAUUUUAGUUUCACCUGGAUUUUUCGCGUUACAUUAGCAAGCAACGUCCGCGCGUGAUCCAACGAUCGAUCGUUAAUACCACUGCCAAUACCUUCCUACAUAAGUUCGGGCUCUCGUUUUCUCUUAGAUACACAGAAAAGUGAUCGCAUGUAUUAUUUACGAUCCUAGUCUCCUGCAGUGAAAAUUUCAGUAGCGUGUCCUCGUCGUCGUCGUCGUGUUCGCACAAGGAUUAUCUUAAUGAACGCGCUGGACAUGCUUAUGGGCCGUGUGUGUCAUUGUUAUAAAUAAUAGUUAGCAUUUUCACACUGGUUCGUAUAAGAAAAAAGUUUGUAUAAAAAAAAAAGAAAAGAUAAGAAAAAGACAACUGUAUAGACGCAGGUGAAACGUUUACCAUUUACUCAAGUUUUGUUUUAUAAUAUUAACCAGAGAUGUAGGUCGCUCGAGUUUUUACCUACGAUUUAAUUUAAUCGAUCACUCACUGUGCUUUACUGUGAUCAGAACGUUGUCCAUAUUCGUUGUCGGUGCAAACUUCGGCUCAAAUUAAUCAUGUGUAUACAUUACAUUAUUGACUGAUCUCGAAGAAGAUUGCGCAGAGAAAUUCGUUGAACAUCCUGCUUUUCUUCUUCUUUUUUUUUUUUUUUUUCUUAUUUUUAUUUUGUUUUGGAAAGGAAGAGAGAGAUAUACCUAUAUAGAUAUACGAUAACGAUAAGCGAUUAGGUCUCUCUAGGUUCUUCUUCGUACGUUGUUUUCUCUUCUUCUUUCCUUUAUUUUUUCCCUCCUCUUCUUUUUUUGUCUUUCUUGUUUUAAUUGCUUUCUUACUACUCAUGCAACGCGUCCCGACGCCAAUGAGUUUUAAGCGAUAGCUUUAGGCUUAUAACGUAUACACGGCCGGGAUAUAAGCGCGGACCGUUCCAAGGUCGAGGCUUUAACUCAAGGCAAACGAGGGUGUGUUCCGAUUGUCUGGAAGGCGUGCUCGAAGAUUCCUCUUCUCGUGAAAAAAACCCGCGGAGGAAAAAAAGGAACCAGAUACGGACGAUACGUUUUCGUUGCUCGCGCGCUUCGCUCGUACUUUGUAUUUCCUUUUACAUUGCUUCGUUGAAUUCUCGUGUUCGAUGCAAAACGACGAAACGAAAAAUCAAGACUACCAAUCUGCCUUGACCUUCCAUAACCGAAUUUUUCUUUCGAGAAAAAGGAUGCUGUUAAUUACAGUUUUUCGUUCUUACGAGAAAGAACUAAGAAUCGUCGAUUGUCAUAAAUGGAUUAUUUAACAAAAUAUCGAUAUUACAAGGAUAGAAAGAAACAUGUAGCGAGGUAAGAAUGAUACAAAGUAAUUCUUGAAACGUAUAAACGGAUGAAUGUAUGAAGAAUGGUCUCUUGUAAAGAGCAAACUUAGAAAUUAUCUAUCCAUGUAUUAUUUUAUCUAUUUAUUAUUGCAACGUUAUAUUGGUUGCCUGGAAGACUCAAUUGUUCGAGAUCUCGAUUUUUAAGGAAUAUGAUCGACAUAAAGAAUCAUAUCGAAAAGUUUUUCGUGGAGAAACCUGAGAGGGUUUAAAAGAACGACAUAUUCAAGUUGCGUGACAGAUAGAGGAAAUCUAUGGACGAAAAUGGAGUUUGUAUAAUGUGAUAAAUAUAUAUUGAAUCGAAAUGUAAAAUCGGAACGAGCUUUUCGAACGUUCCAAUAUUUCAUCGAUAUAUCAUGCCAACAUUAAACGAUUUAUUUAUAACCGUAACGUAACUUACAAAAUUACAUAUUGAUAUUUUUAUUUUAAUUAUCGAUUGUUGCGAUAUCACGCUUGAUCGAUACGUUGUUAUACCCGCGUGGGGCCGCGGGUUAGGAUAUUUUAUUUAUAAAAUAAUUGUUCCUAAAAUCCUGGAUCUCGGAUUAAAAUUAAAAUCUGCAAUUAGCUUCGAUCUCUUUUUCUCGCAAGUAAUUAAAAUUCUGGUUAUAGAGGAUUAAGGAUACUCUGCCUGUAAACACGGAACAAUACGUACCUAUAGCAGCGAUAUUUCUAAAAUCCGAAACGAGACAGCCUUUUAAAGGACAAUGAAACGCAAUUCUUCGCGAAUCAAGUGUUAUUUGAUAUCCAUGUAUCGUAUGUACAGGUGGUCGUCGGUGUGCUCGAUAGCCGGACGAUGAAUUUCCUAAAAGGAGCCCGGCGAACAUCAAAGCUGCCUAUUAAAAAUAAACGCUGUCACGGAUUUUCACGAUAUUCACCUGGCGGAAAUGCAUAUUAAAGCUUAACAACCGGCCACCCCCUAACCCGUGUACCUAUGUAUCGUGUCCGGGUAUGCAUGCAUCUCUUCGGCUUGUACGAACACGAAAAUGUAGGACGCGCGGCGUUUCAACGCGACAAAGGAACUAACCAGGGAAAAACGGUUCGAUCGGACGAAAACGGAACACGGAAGGGUCGAUGAAUUUUUGCAUGUUCGACCCAAUAGCGUUUGCAUCGCGUGUUUCCGUCUCUUGGGGACCGAAUGAUUUUACUCGCGGCGAGAGAAACGAAAGUCGAGGAGAGACACACGACUAAAGGCUAAAGCCGAAGUUGCUUAGAAACGACUAGAAUACUUGAUAGUAGGAUACACUUUGCGAGAAAUUGUACUUUGGUGAAUCGCAGCGAAGCGGAGUAGAUGACGAAGAUGGAGAAAGUUUAGAAAUAUAAAUCGAGGAGAAGACUUUCUCUUCGUAUGGAAAAUCGAAAUGACGAGAUCGAAAAUGGAAGCAAUUAAUCGUUGAAGAACGAAGAAUGUCGUUUACCCCGGUUUACUUGGAUCGUUGUAUCUGUUAGACCCUGCUAGAGUCUUCGAGCGUUUACGUUCUGAUAUCAGUCUCGUUUCAACAGGCAGAAGAAGCUUUGGCAAGUUUGAGGCAAACCCUAGUAUCGAAUUGAAACGAGAAAUCCGGCAUAUUGACGAUGAUCCUUCGAUUUAACGAAUCUUCGUGAAAUUUAAGAAAUCUCGUAACGAUAGCGAAGAAACAGAAAUUCAGAAACAUCGAGUCCGAAGAAUGUAGCAGGGUUGAAAGAACGUGGAAAAGGUGUUAUUCAACUGAAUGUUAGUAACACCGCGUUAAGUGCUUUUAUUAUGCGUCUGCGUCGCGAUGCGUAUGUAAUACGCAUAUUAUGGUACAACCUCGAUGCAUGGUGGAUAAUAUGUACAUACACGCGCACACACACGUACGUACACACGUACAUACAAUGUAUAAUACAUAGGACAGUGUGUUGUAUGACGGUAUAUUUUAAUAUUCAUAUUGGAAGAAAGUCGUUCGAUAGAGAAAACACGGUCGAAACAACGACAUGAACGUUAUCGGUCGCCAAUCUCUGUACAAAUCGAAAAUUAUUGAUCUCUAGUCUGUCUGAGUGUUUGUCUCUGAAUUAUUCAAAAACAAAGACGAAUAUCUCGUGAAUCGUUAAUCGAGAACGUUAUCGAAUAGAGGAUGAAACAAAGUUUCAAAGAAGGAAAAAUAAACUGAUGCUUAUACAUUGUACUGUUCGAUUUUCCGAUUUUAACAAAAGGGCCUGUAAGAAUGUGAAAGAAAAUAAGUUAUAGAGAGGAAAAGGGAAAGAAGGGAGGAAACGCACGAUACGAAAUCUUGCCAAGAUUAUUAUAAUUGAAAACUACAGGCGAAGAACACGAUAAGUCACGUUUCCCACUUUAAUAUAUUCUUCCAUCAAAGGAUAUUGCUUGACGUAAUGUUGAAAUAUUGAAAGAACAUCGAGGAUAUUAAAAUAUUGUUCGUUUUAACAAUUAUACUUUUGGCUGGACGUGACAGAAUCUUUUCGUUAGAUUGUAUACUAAAAUAUUUCUUUCCAAUCAACCGUCAUAUACUUAUCGUGUUUCUUUUUCUGUGAUUUCUAAUUAGAUACAUAUAUUAAUCCAUUAACUGCCAUAUUAUUUCUUUUUAAAAUUUGUAUAUAAUUCUGUGAAUUUUAAUUCGGUAAAUUCGAUUAAAAUACGUAUACGUAUAUUAUUAACGCGUAAGAAUAUCUCGAAUCGGUGGUCACGCACCGAUACUUCGGUAUUUGUGCAAAAUUCUUUUCGUCACCGAGCAAAAUUCAUGGUAGUUAGUUUGUUAAUUAAUACGUACAUAUCUGUGUACAUUCAUGAGUUAUAAACGUUUACGCGCGCGGUAAUUAGGGGAUUGGCGAAUUAAUCUCCGGGGACGUGGAUUUAUCGAAUUGAUCAGCGCGGCGUGGUGGCUUCAAGUUCGUUGAACGCCGGCUGCCUCGUUCCGUGACCUUACCUCUUUCCGAUCUCGCCAUUCCGGUGAAUCUCCGUGCUGCCUCCUCUCUUUUUCCUCUCUUUUUCCUCUCUUUUUCCUCUCUUUCUCCCUUUCGCUUGCCCAGUCGUCAUCGUUCGAAAAGUGAAACACGAUUGGAAUCUCGAUCCGUUUUACUCCGCUUCUAACGCGCGUUCCCGCCACUAUAACGAACAUCUCCAACGCGAACGUCAUCGUUCAUCGUCAUCGUCAUCGUCAUCGUCAUCAUCGUGAUCGCAAUCGUCGUCGUGUUCGAUCGUAAUGCUGAUUCUGUGAUUCGUAUAAAAUGAAUCGAUCGUAGCGGCGAAACCACGCUCGUCAGGUGAAAAUUCGUGUUGUUUAGCGACGAACCUUGACGGAACACGCCCAACAGCGUUUACAAAGGGCUCGAGCUAGAAGAAGUAAUAAAAGUAAUCAUUAAGCGAAUAGUGGUAAUCGAUUAUAAGCUGUAAUACUAGGUAAGGGACGAGUGGAACGGGAGACUAACAUUAAUCGAAUCGAAAUUGCACGAAGACGAGAAACGAAAGCGUGAAAGAAGAGAAGGAAAGGAGGAAGGAAGAAGUAGCAGGAAAUAAGCGAAAGGAAAGAAAAAAACGAAAAAGUCCGGUAGAUCGUAGAUAGUUCCGCUGAUAUUCUAUUCCUUUGUGUCUUCUUUUUUAUUCGCCCUUAUUUCUUUUUUUUUAUUUUCUUUUUUUUUCUUUUUUACCUAGCGACGAGAACGAUGUGUUCCGAUGUGUAUUUAUUUUAACCCGCGUCUCUCUUCCGGAGGGAACGACCAAUUGAUCGUGCGCCGUAGCGUAUCACGACUUUUAUUUCGUGUCCAACGAAGCGUGCAUUUUUAUUCGCUGUGAAACACUGCCUCUCGCCGCCACUGUGUGUUUUAUUGGCCGAACAAGCAUCGCGGAGAUCAAUUGAUUUUCACGGAUCGGUCGAACGCGACUUGAAGAUCUGUCGCGAAAAUAAAAAUGAGAAAGGAAAAGAGGAGAGAAAGAGUUGGAGGAGAAGAGAAAAAAGAAAGAGAGAGAAACAGAAAUCCUGGCGGCUUUCCCAACGGACCGUAUCACCGCGUGUUUGCUGCGGUCGAACUAAUCCGUUUGCGAAAAAGCUUUCCGGCCUCGUAAACAAACCGUUUUCAUAUGAGAUAUACAAUAGCGACUGGAACCGUAGAAUUUUAACAACACGCAACUGAUUUUUAAUCUCUGCAUGCGCGUCGAUCAAAUCGAUAUCGAACACGUAUCUUACUUCUUUACCCCCCCUCUCUCUCUUUCUGUUUUUUAAUUUUUUGUUUUCUAUGAAAAGCACGAUUGACAAAUGUGCGAAACGAUCGUGUCACGGCUCGAUAAAACACACAGUACGCGCGAAGGUAAGAUCGAUAGUCGUACAAACAAGAUUUCUGUGUCUGAAGAAAGAAAGAAGAAAUAGAAGAAAAGUAUGAGAGAAUAGUAGAGCAACGACCGAAAAUAAGUAUGCUGCCGAUAGAACUUCGUAGAGUCAUCAUAAAAGACACUUAGAAGGCGUUUGUACGAUGAAAAUGAAAAAUACUCUGUACAAAAUAUAUAUGUUAUAUAUAUAUAUAUUACAUACACACGCAUAUGCAUAAAUAUCCUCCCUCGAUUUAACGAUGUUCUUUUUCGCACGCGUACGUUUCUGCACGCAACCCUUUUAUCCUUAUAUCCGCGGAUCGUCUUCUGAAAGUGGUACCGUUCGUUCCACGAUAAUAUGUAUUUUGUAUUAUCGUUCGUUUUUAGUCAACUUACUACCCGCUUUAAGGCCUUUUCUAUAUUUUUUAGUCGCAGAACGCUCGCCGUUAAACGCGCGAGCGAGCGAGAUAUUUCGUUCGAUCAUGUGCCGCUGCAACGGAGAGAAAGAAUAAUGGAAAAAGUAAUGAAUGAGAAAGUAUGCGAGUAUGUGCGUGUAUUAUGAGUGUGUGCACAUGAGGAGAAAAAGAAAGGAGAAUAAUAACGUCUUUCACGCGUAAAGAUAUUUUAGCCUGUCAUCGUUCGCGCAUCAAUUGUACCAUACAAAACAAAUCCCUCGAUUCGUGCGUUUUCAUCAUUGCGUUUACACUUAAUUUUAAUUGAAUCGACCUCUAACGAUAUCUAUGAUCGUCUUGUAUUUGAUUGUGUACCUCGAUUUGUAUAUAUAUACAUAUAUAAAGAAAGAUAAAAAAAAAGAUAAAAAAAGGUGAAAAUAAGAAACGAAUCGUCCCUCAUUGAAUGGCGGACGAUUUUAAAACGAAAAGUGACUGACUUUAGUACCUCUACGAUAUUACACCCUUUACUUAUCAUCAUUGCAAUCUUCUACUUUCUUUGUUUUUUUCUUUUUUUUUUUUUUUUUUUCCAUGAACGGAUCAUCGUUCUCAUUUCGUGGAUUAGUUGCAGCGGCAGCUUAAUAAUAACCACCCCCAUCGAGCUACUGCACGCUUCUGAUACGUCUUGUCUCGAGAGAGUAUGCGUAUGAACCGUCUUUUGUUCGUUAAUUUGUUCUCUCCACCCUGUGCUUCGCUCUACCACAGAUAGAUUAGACUGCGGAUUCUUAUACAAUUUCACGUAUUUACGAAUACACCUGAAGAAAUGGAAUCUAAAUAGCAAUUUGUUUCGCUCAUUAAAUAUUAUAGCUAGUAUUGCACUUUGCAGAUUUUACACAGUUUCGUGCUUUGUAUGCGUUCUGUGCAUCCUUGUACCUUCAGAUUUCACCUUCAAAGUUCACCUUCGUAUAGAAAAUAAACGUAUAAUAAUCCGCAGCCUACGCGCGAUUAAGAACGUUAAGUUUCGUAGGGUAAAACGUGAUUUCUUAAGCGGCAAUGCAAAACCUCUGAUCUCUAACACGCGCGCAUACGAUAUUAUAAUACAUACGCAUUUGGUGCGCGCGUAUACAUACGUGUAGAUAAAAAUACGUUAAAUUAGUAAACGAAAUGCGGAGAAUCAUGUUCGUUUGUUGCGUCCAACAUCCUCCUUUUUCUUUUUUUUUUUUUCUUUUUGUUUUGAUUUUUGACCCCUUUUCUUCGCGCUCGCCUGUUCCUCGAGUACGAACGAACAGGGGAUGGAACCAACGCGUCGUUGUACAUCCUCUCGUCAGGAGAACGCAACUUAUACAUAUAGAAUAUAUAUGAAUGGUACGAUUCGAGCGUUUACGAUGAUUAGACGUGUAAAUGGUGUAGACGCGGUGAUAAGCACGUGGGAUAGUUAUUAUAAAAUGUCUUGUCGCCACAUUUGUCGGGAAACCCCUGGAAACCUCCGAUACACAAGCGUAAUUGUAACGCGUUCUCGCCGAGAGUCACGAGAACGAGAAACUGAUUUUUUAAAGAACUGCUCUGACUUGAUUAAUAAGAAACGAAAUAAACGCUGCUUGAGACAGUUAA